UUGGAGCCGAGUUUGGAAAAUUAUCCUUAUGUGAGUGCGUUGAUAUGCGAUGAAAUUAAUGAGGAAAGCAGUGGUAAUGAUGCGACAUCCAAUGAUCCAGUAGCGACGUCGUCCGCUUCGCAAUCAGAUUCAGUUUCUGGCAAUCCGAAUGUGGAUUCCUCUCAAAUGAGUGGUGUCGAUAAGAGCACCAACGAUAAAAAUGGCAGCGGUAAUGCGAAUAGCAAUACGGCUAACACUAAUGUUAGUGCAACUGAAGAGAUACCUCUAGACGAGAAUCCAUAUUUAAGAGCCGUUAGAAUGCCGGUUCGAGACGAAGAGGAGGACGGCCAAACUAUGGAAUUUUAA